AUCAUUAGCAGCCACGCGCUGCUCGCGAGGAUAAGAAGAAGACCAAGACCGUGGAGUCGGAUUCGCGCUUGCCGUCAGCGUCUUCUCCAAAGGUCGGAAUAGAGCAGCCAGGAGGCACGACGAUCGAUGCACCACCCGCCCAAGAGCGACGACGCCAGUGCGCGGGUGCGCAGCCCAUCGACCGGUACGGGUCGGCGCCGGCACUCGCGGCGAGCUCCGGGUUCGCCGUCCAAGUCGAGCCCAGCCGAACGCCGCGUUCGUAAGAGGCAGCGGAGCACCGUCUCACCGAAUGACGAGACUGCGGCACCGCUGACCGCAACGCCGCCUGUCGCGCCCAGCGAACGUCGGGUGAACGGGGCGAUGACGUCGCAUGAGCCGUCACCGCCGUCCCCAGGGAGCUUCAGCGAGAACUCGCCCUAUUUCAACUCGCGCAAGGCGGUCUUCAGUAGCCCGUUUCCUCCAGCGUCCCCGGUCUCGGCAACCUCGGAGACGCAAAUUUCACCGAACAAUCCGACCAGAAUUAACCAGUCUCGGCGACUCUCCAGGGCGUCGAUGGCUCCGGUUGGCGGACUACGCCGGGGAGAAGAGGAAGAGACUAUGCUGGGCAAGGUGCUCGAACGCCACGUGGUCAACCCGACAAGCGCCGACACAGGCCAGCGCCGCGGCAAGCCCCUGCUGUGCGCCGUGGUGCUCGUCAUCGCGCUGCCCAUGGUGGCGCUGGUGCUGUUCGCCGUGCUGGCCAAGACGCAGAUAACUCUACAAGUGGACGCCGCAUGGGGCACGUACCGCGGCUCACACGAGCGUGUCGAAGGUGGGCUCAAGUGCGACAGCUUUCUCGGCAUCCCGUUCGGCAACGCGACGGGCGGCGAGCUCCGGUUCCGGCGGCCCGUGCGCCCCGGCCAGUGGGCGCAGCAGAGCACGGGGGGCAGCGCCCCCUGCCUGCAGCCGCCCCUGCGCAUCGGCAACUUCUCCGUGUACGACGCGGCCAACAGCGGCUCGGAGGACUGCCUGCGGCUCAACCUGUGGACGCCCAGCAUCAACGCAAAGGGCCUCCCAGUGCUGGUGUUCCUGCACGGCUUCCAGUUCUACUAUGGCGGCAACAGCCAGGAGUUGUUGCGCGGCGAGCUGCUCUCUGCGCUGGGUAAUAUCGUGGUCGUGGUUCCCAACUUCAGGCUCGGCCCACUGGGCUUCCUCAGGGCGAAUGCGAACAGCGAGUCUUCUCCGGGCAACCUGGCGCUAUACGACCAGCGCCUGGCCCUCGAGUGGACGCGCGAUAACGUGCGAUUCUUUGGCGGCGACCCGGAGCGUCUGGUGCUACACGGCUACGAGGCCGGCGCCGUGUCCGUCGGCUACCAGCUGCUCUCGCCCGAACCCCACUGGGUCAAGGGGGUGCCCAGGUUGAUCCUGCAGAGCGGCUCUGCACUGCGCCUCUUCAAGAACAACACGGGCGACGCGAGCAUCAACAACGUGCGCUCGCUCCAAGUGAACCUCAAGUGCAACACCAAGGAAGAGAAGCCACAGCUGGCGCUCGAGUGCCUGCGAAAGGUUGAGCCCGAGAUGUUCGUGCAGCGCAAAGCGCACAAAGACAUCGAGUUCGUGUUCGGGCCCAGCUUCGACACCGAGUUCCUGCCUGCGUAUCCGAGCCAGUUGCUGUCGGACGCGAUCCACUCGAAGGAGGUGCUUCUGGGCACCGUCUCCGGCGAGGGCGUUGUGCUGGCCGAGGUCUACAUGAGCCUCCGGAAGCCCAUCAAUCUUGGCGAAUUGCUGGCCGCGUACGGCGUGGUGGACGUGGCGCGGCUCAUCGCGCUUUACACCAACGCCGACCAGCGGGACAACCACACCUGGGCGCUGUCGCACUUCAAGCAGCUGCUUGGCGACGUUCUGUCCUCGUGCCCGGUACAGUAUCUGGCAGAGCACCUGUCUUCGGGCAAUAACCGCGUGUACAGCUACGUGUUCGUCCACAAGCCGAGCUUCAGCGACUGGAACGAUUCGUUUCCGGCGCAUUACGAGGACCUGGACUUCGUGUUCGGAGUGCCGCUCCGCCGAGGACUGGGAACGCCGCAGGAGCAGGACCUCAGCCGCCGGCUCAUAAAGCUUGUGGCCACGUUCGCAAAGGAGGGGACGCUGCCUCAGUUGCGCGAAGGCGCCGAGUGGCCCGAGUUCCACGGCCUGGGCAACGACACGGUCGAGAUCGCGCUCGGCGGCUUCUCGCUGGCAGCGUCAACACGUGCCGAGCAGUGCCGCCAGAUACGACCCCACAUCCUCUACUAGGAGACGCCACGAAACCUCGGCGCUAACAUGGCGGCCAGUCGACGUUUAGCCUGCUCGUUGUUGGGAGCAGUGCCUCCUCUAUAGGCACGCUUCCGCUUUUUCUAAGAGCGCUAUUUCUCAUUUUGUCACUUCCGAAGUCGUUUUUUUUUGCGUGUUGUGCUCAUUAUUUCUUACUUGCGCACUCAACUAUAUCGCAGUGCUGUUUGAACUGUUUGACUACAUUUCGCUGCCCGACGAGUGACACUUCCUGCUUAUUUUGUCUUUAUUCCGGAGUACCAUUUUGAAUGUAUUAUGUGUACUCGCUUGUUGCGCUAGCCACACGUUAAUGUUGUAAUAAUGCAAUAUUAGAUUGUCUAACCGUCCUGGUUCCGAUCACACGGACACGAGGCGUCCGUCUUGAAUGACCACGCACGUCAAAACGACAUGCAACGCCAGAAGAUCGCGUGGGACAUCAAUCAUGUACGACGCCAGCACCAACGUCUUGGGCGCUCUAGUUAAUAGUGAUAUAGACGCGGAAGAGAGAGGGUACCAGCAGCAGCGAUUAUGAGGUGUGCGCGUUCACAUCGCAGAAAAUAGUCUGUGCACUAAACUAUGUGAACAGUGUUUCAUUAACGUAACAAUAUUUCGGACCAGCUCACAUAUUGAUUGUUGUGGUACGGAUUACAUAGUAUGUAGCAUGUGUGUGGAGCAUUCUUAAUAGACGUGGUAUCGUGUGUGGCGUGUAUGAACUUGAUUGCGAAGUAAAGGAUUGGGAAGCUUAAGCUUCAGAAUCUCUCUUUAAUCGAUCUAUUUCUUAUUUAUCUUUCUAAUGUAAUGUUUCACGUGGGUUUAUAAACACAACUUGAGGUGCUGAGAUUUCUUUUGUAUAAGCGUUUGUGUGCUUGGACUAAUGCGACGAAAUCUUGUAACCGUGGCAGUUUAUUUUUUUUAUUUUAACGUUCAAGCCUGAGCAAAUACAAUUUCAUGACGGGAAAUGUACUACAGCGUGCCCAUCAUGCACUAAUAGCCGAAAAAUAAAACCAAUGAGUGAAACA